AUGCCAUCAUCCAAGCAAUGGAAAUACCCCCCGAUUCCUGCAGCGUCACAAUUGCGUAAAAGACCAAGAAAGGAAACGGAAUAAGUAUUUCAAAAAGAAAUGGAAGCGACGUCGUGAGGAAGUUUGGCCAACAAACUGCCCUUACACGUGAACGGGGGUCGAAACAGGUACGAAUUCCGCCUCGUCGUUGCUGGAGGGCUCGGUCUUUGCGACGGCCGUCUUGUAGUAAUCGCUGGCGUCAUAGGCGAGACCACCAUGGUAUGACACGUCAAGGCCAGCGAGUUCGUUCUCACGGGUGACGCGCAGCAACUGGAGGCGGCAGAGCCCGAGGAAGAGCACUGAGCAAGUGACACCAACCCAUCCGACGAUCGACAAAAUGAGGACGACCUGGGCGGCGAGCUGGCGGCCGCUGUGAGCGCACGUGUAAAACAACCCACAUGUGUCGCUCCGCCCAAACGCCAUUUCCAUCCCAUCCGCUGACGCCAACAAGCCCGGAACAAGGACGCCCCACAUCCCACACACGAGAUGUACAGGCACCGCAUCCACGACAUCGUCGAUGUGCCAGCGAACAAGAAGCCGCGACGAUGCCGUGUACAGCACCGCGGCCACAAGUCCGAUGACGACGGCGCCGGCGGGUUCAACCACGGCACACCCGGCAGUGAUUGCGACUGCUCCAGCCAACACACCGUUGUUGGCCAUGGUUGGGUCGACAAUGCGGUCCCCUGUGAUGGCAUUCAAGCAAACGCUCCCGACACCAGCUGCGGCGGCAGCCAGCGUCAAGUUGACGGCGACUUUGGCGGCGACGUCGGCGCCAUGCCCGGUCAGAGUUCCAGUGGACAUGCAGUUGAAGCCGUACCAGCCAAACCAGAGCAGAAGCGUGCCGACUGUUUGGAGGAGCACCGACUGCUUGGGCAUGUCGUGCACCUGGCCGUCUUCGAAGCGUCCGAGUCGAGGGCCGAGCAGGUAGCACCCAACGAGGGCAGCCAUACCCCCCGUCAUGUGGAUCACGCCGCUUCCAGCAAAGUCGACCGCUCCCACAUCAAACAAUAGGGUGCCCGCAGCUCGGGUCGUACUGGCAAACCCCGUGGACGACCACACCCAGUGCACGACAACAGGGUACAUGAACGCGGUCAGUGCGACGGCGUAUGAAAUGUACGCGAUGAACGAGAUGCGCUCGGCGACAGCACCCGUCACGAUGGUCGAAGCGGUCGCGGCAAAAGCCCACUGGAACAGCCAGCCCGCGUACGCUUUGCCGUUGUACCGGCGGUCGUCGUCGCCGGCAAACAUGUUGUCUUGAAAGACAAACCCGCUGCUCCCCAUGAACCCAUCGCCCUGGACAAACCCGAACGCGUACCCGACAAAGUAGAAGCUCAUGGCGCUGAUGCAUCCGUCCAGAAUGUUCUUGACCAAGAUGUUUUUCGUAUUUUUGACGUGGACACAGCCAACUUCAAGAAAACAAAACCCGACUUGCAUGAAAAACACGAGAAACGCCCCCAUGAGCGUGUAAAACGUGUCGAGCGCGCGCGCUGACGCGGUGUCCAUGGUCGGUGCGGCUGCCGCCACGAGCGCAGCCACGUCUGUGUCGGUGAGCGUCACCAACGUCCCGUUGACGACAAGGGUAAGGUUCAUGGUACGUGGUCGGUCGCGGGAACAGACGAGGCGACGGACAACGACGGUCAACGCUCCAAGUGUGGCGCGACGUGGGCGUCGAAAAUUGACGAGUGACUCGAUUCGACCAAGCGGCGAGCGGUCCGAAGGACGGCGGGACGGCUCGUGGGCGACUCGAACGUUGUUGUUCGUGCAUCAAGAUCUUGAGUGGCGGUUGUAGCCGGCGGGGCCACAAGAAUUUGGGGCCACCGUUCUCGCCGUCGUUGUUGAGUAGACAAUCCGAACGUUCCAAGGGCAGUGGGCGGAUACUCGACACGGAGGAUGGCAUCGAAACGUCCAAGACAUGCCAGUCUUCAGCACAAAAUGCACUGCCCCUGUUGCCAUGGCACCAGGUCGACUAUAGCCCACCGCGUCGAGGGGGGAGGUGCCAUUCCGUUGGUCGAACGGGGGACCCCCUCCCCAAGGCUCAUUUGGCGCUCUCGCAUGUCGCGGGACCGUCAUGGCGGGUUCUGGACUCAGGGAAUGCACACCCUGACAACCCAACGUCACGUGGUUGGUUGCUACCCUGUGAGAACAUGCCAAUACACAACUGACGCUGGCGAAUGCUCUGAGUCGAAGCGUCGACACCCGUGGAAAUGCCACCGUUCCAAUGCAAGGCGCUGUGGGCUGCGAGAGCAACCGCACAGGGAAAGGUGCCUCGGCGCAUUUUUUUGCUCGACGGUAGUGUUUGCGUUCGUCGUGUGGAUCGCGCGACCUGAGUACACACUUCCCCCGACAGACUCGGCAUGUUUGCUUGGUCGCGUCAUGGAUGACCUUUCAAAUCGACUUCAACCAACGCUGUGGCCCACGAGACGAGGGCCGCCCGAUCCUUGGCCCCGACUUUGCAAACCGACGACGACCGAGGCCCCGAUGCCCUGACAACUCAAAUGCAUGGACACUACCAUCCCUCAACGAAACCACUGGCGACCGUCCAUUUGUCGUAUCAAGCUGCUCGACUUCAGCUGGUCGGGCAACUUCUGUUGGCCUCACGAGGCAAUGAUCCGCAUCCACAUUUUGACAGUGAUGCUUUGGAUGUGUGCUGGAGUUGCUCCCACUUGUCGUGCGUUCGUCUGUCCAUGAGCGAGCAAGCGUCACCCACCCGACGACUCUAGCCGACAGACGGCAGUGGCAGAGUUACCUGGCACUGCCGCUCCAUGCGCAAUCAAGAGGGAAGGCGUAUGGGAGCACAAGACGAGAACGUGCCGUGUGUUUGCGCAAACGUGUGGCCGGUCGAUAUGUUCUCGACGGCAAGGCAGGCGGAAGGCACAAAGACGGCUGUCUUCAAGCUUGCCACGACGGACUUGUGAUCGAUCGAACGAGAUUUGUGGCGCGGUCGAGUUGAUGCAGCGUCCCGUCGCUCAAGGGGAUGCCAUUUGUUCGCUUGGACGACGUUGCUGAAUCGGUCCAUUGAGUUGCAUGACUCAAUGUUGGAUCCAGUGUUGGAAGCGCGGUGGGGCCUCCUUUGUUUGACGAGUUGUCUUUGCCAAGUUGUGAAAGCAUGGCGGUCGACGUUGAUGGCACUGGAGGGUCUUUCGUCGGGCAUCGUUGAACCCCAGUGCAGCACGAAUAUCGCGAAGCUGUGGAAACCAUGUCCUGCGAACUGGUCUGACCAACGCAGACCGGACCAUGGCUCGUUCAGCAUGCCACGCGAUGUAUGAAGGCGCGUCGGCGGCAUCUGCCGUUGUUCGAGAUCGUUGGCCUCGUCUGAUUGGACGAUGCGUGAUUGGCGACCACCAUCGAUCGGGUGGGCGCCGGGUGAUGGAAGAGAAUGCGCUGGGCUUCACGCACUGGGCUGGCGAAGUCUCGUACACGUUCUGUGGCGAAGUCAUCACGCUGGUGCAGGACCCGUCGUCCCAUGUCUUGGGUAGCACCGUGUGGGACAGCGCCAAGUGCGUGAUCAAGUACAUCGAGUGCAAUCGCGAACGCUUCGCGGCCAUGCUGCAGCGUUCGCGACCGUCGCGCAAGGCCAAGAAGGCACACGCGGCCUCCACGUGCGAAUCGAAGGUUGUCGCCGUGUGCGAGCUUGGCGCGGGCCUCGGCCUUGCAGGCAUUGCCUUGGCCAAACUUGGCUUUGGCGUCGUGCUCACCGACGUCGCGCCAGUCAUGCCGUGGCUGCGAGCCAACGUCCGAGCCAACUGCACGCCCGCCCAGCUCGAAACACACGUGUUUGUUCUUGAAUAUGGAUGGGGCACUCCAACGUCAUCUCUCGACGCAGUCGUUCCCGCUCCGUACGACAUUGUUUUGUGCGCAGACGUCAUCUACGAAGUUGCGUGCGUGCGGCCCCUCGUGCAGUCGAUUCUGGCCAUCUCGAAUCGAAAGACGCUCGUCCUGUUUGCGAACGAACGACGCACGCCAGCCGUCCAAGCGGAAUUCAUGCGGUACUUGGACGAGUACUUUGUGUGGACAGCAAUCCCUCGAUCCCAGUGGCAUCCCGAGUACGCCAAAGGUCGCCGCCAUCGAUCUCGCCGUACCGCUUCCGUCACAUGCAACCGUAGAUGCUCUCGAGAUGUACGAAGCCAGGCGAAAACAUACCAAGACUCCGCCAGAAAUGUUGAUUCCAGACGAUUCAUCGCUCGCGCCACCACAGGACGGUCUUCUGCACUCGGACGACAGCACGCCACGUCACGACUGAGGGUACUUAUCUGGCGCGGCCACUCCAUUGAACGAUGCGACGAAGAGAUUCCAUCUCGAGAAUGUCAUGGCGCCAUGCCACACCACGUUGCUGGAAGAUGCGUACUGGUCCAAAACCCUCGACAUUCGAAGCGACAGGGGAGGAUUGCGGCCCAGGACUUUACCACGAUGGCCCGAUGGAAGACAUGCAUGGGGCCUUGGCACAACUAUUACCUGGUGAAAAAUGCACCCGUCCUUCAGUUGUCCAGGUUCCUCCAGCGCGUCUGGCUCUCGACGAACGCCAACGAGCUCGAUAUGACGAACCAUUGCGAUUCUUCACGGUUCCGAGUGGAAAAUACUUUGCCAUGGCGAGGCUGUUCAAGACUCGCGACGUGUUGGCCGUGUCGUGCCACGCGUGCGGUAUUGGAUUGCACCAGGGACAAACUCUCGCAAGCGAACGCACCCUCCAUGGAUGUCGCACCGUCGUGGGCAUCACUGACAUAAUCUAGCCAUGGAAACACAACGGUGCGACACACCAAGAUGAGCGGCGUUCGCUUGCGAGAGUUUGCCGCAAGGGUUGGUGGCUGUCCCACGGCCGUGAGGUAGCGCUCUCGAAAGUGCCAUGCGCUUUGUCCUGCAUCAGAGGCGGCGUUGUUUCCUUGGGCCUUUGCAACCACGUAAGACGACACUGCCAGACGUGGAUCCGCGCAAAUCAAACUGUCGAUUGUCAAGGCAAAACGGAAACAGGGGGCAAAACAAAACGGACGAAACCACAGGCAGCACGGGCCACGGACCGACAACUCCUACGUCGACCACACAAACGUUCGAAUUGAUCCCUUGGGCACGACAGUCGCGACGGCCCUUGCGUGCGGAUGCUUAUCCACCACGUCAAAUGUCGCGUCUUCCGUCGGGUGUUCAUUCAGCACGACCAGAACGCGCUGUUGCUGUGGAGUGUCGAAGGCGACAGCUUGGACAAAGGCAUACCCGGCCGUGACACAGUGCUGGCUCGACGGGUUGACGAGUGCGGGGGGAGUGCCCGUCCCUUCUCCGCCGACAAACGUCCAAGUUUGGGCGGCGAGAUCGGUGCAAGGCUCGAGUGUGAGGCGACCGCCGUCUUCGAGGGCGCCGUUGCGGUGGGUGAGACACUCGUACUCUUGCCCAUCCUCCUUGUCGCGCCCUGCUUUUCUCGGCACGGCAAACUUCACGGUACUGUCGGAACCGUCAAACGACCACGAGUUGGACGUGUACUGGCACUCGACGAGCUCAAUGCGAUUGCCGAGCCACGGUUCCGGGACAACAUCGAUGCAAAAUUUCGAGUUGGCCACUUGAAGCUUUGAGUCGGGGGUGCGCACGAUGCGCUGGCGGCUUGACCGGUCGCACCCAUACGCUCCAGCGGGAAACCGCGGUUCCAAACUCCCGACGUCACCGGUCGUGGUGGCCAUCGACGCGAACGACACGUGCACGCUCGAGUACACUCGCUUUGACCCCGGCGGCAAGUACCCCGAGAAGUGCUUGAUGAAAUGGUACAUAGGCUGGACGGUGAAGUCUUGGCCGUCCGGGUGUACGAUGAUCGGGGCAUCGCACGUGUUGCCGAGUUUGUUUGGGCCGCCUUCGUGGUCCAGGAUCAAAUUCCAGUCGACCCAGCCACUUGCGUGAUGGCUCAGAUCCUGCAGGAUAUCGUGCGCGUAGCGAAGGCCGCGGUCCCACGCCUGUGGCCCCGACGCGACGCCGGGGCAGUGCGCGGCUUCGGUCGCAAGGAGCAACUUGGUCGGGUCCAAGUGGUGCGUUUGGUUGACGUGCUCGUGGUUCUGUACGCCGUCAAGAUCGCGAGUGUUAUCGUACCAGUGGAACGCAACUCCGUCGACGUAAGGCUCGACGUUGCUGUGGUUGUACACGCCUUGGGCCCACAAGUGGACGUUGCCUCGGUUAUGGUCGAAGAUGAGGAUUUUUACGUGUGGGUGGUCGCGGCGAAUUGUGGGCCCGAGGAAGUCGGCGAUGAAUGCGGCCUGGUACGAAUCGUCGUAGAGGCAAGCUUCCCACGGGGCCGGCUGUUGGGGCUCAUUCUGGGGCGUCAGGGCCCAGAAGUUAAUGCCGUACGAUUUGUACGCCGAGAUGAACUUGGAAAAGUAAAGCGCCCACGACGACCGGUACGCAGGGUUGAGGCCAUACGGCUGCGCCGAACCGAGCAUGUUGUGUUUCCCGGACGCAUCGGGCAGCUUCAUCCAUGCGGGAGGGCUCCACGGUGACAGGAAAAGCUUCAGGUCAGGACGGAGUCGAAGCGCUCGUUGAAUGAACGGAAUCAUGGCGUCUGUGUCGUGGGCCACGGACAUGUCAAAGUACAGCAGCAGUGUGUCGUUCUCAACGUCGUCGAACGAGUACGACGAUGGCGAAAAAUCGCAAGAGUUCAUGGGGACACGCCCAAGCGAGUAGGCCGCUCCGCCGUCGCUUGCCUGGCUGAAGUACAGCCGGAUGAUGUCGUCUUGCUUCGAUUGAGGCAACCGCUGAAGCUGCAGUGCCGAAGCUUCCGUGAACGCCCCACCAAACCCUAUUAUAUCUUGAAACGUCUUAGAGCUGUCGACGACAAUGUAGCUGGGAGAGUAGUCGUGAGAAGCCGUUGUUCGGAAUUGGGUGUGGUCGAUGGGUUGGGACAUGUGGCCACUGGCAAACCCCGUCUCCACAACAAAUACUGACGAGUGCGACGACGACGAGAGUUGCGUGGUGGCCGCAGGCGACGUUGACGCCGCGUCGAACGUGACGUGAUGGACGACGCAGAUUCCAAAGGACAACGCAAUCGCGGCGCCAACGGCGAUGGGGAGCGCAUGGCGCUUGAACCAGGCGUUCGUGCGCUUCAUCGUGACAGUGGGCAUCGAUCCAUACUGCGUGCGCGGGGCGGCAGCACGAGUCGUCGCCAGCGGCGACUCAAGCGGCUUGCGUUCCAUGUGGA